UCUCUAGGGUCGCUUUAGGAAAUCGACAACGACAAAGUCAUGCCCCAUAGCGGGUAUGAGCCAUCGGUUGGGGGAAAUAAAAUCCACACCAUCGCUAUCGUCGGAAUCCGGGCCCCGGAGGUGACAGCCCAAAUUCGUCGGCUAUGAGCGGCGCGAGGGAGUGCACGCCGACGGGCGUCCUGCGGGCGGCGCGGCGGGCCCAGUCGCCGGCCAGUGGCGACCCACCGUCGGAUGACCAGAUGCAGGGCAACGUGACCGUGGGCCACGGCGGGGACCACCGGCUCCGGCAGUCCAUCACCAUCAAGAGCAAGGUGCGAGCCACAGUCGCCAGUGACUACACGUUCAGGGUCCGCUGCAAAACGGUGGAGAGCUCGUGCAGCGCCAAGACGGUAGUGACCUGCACCUCGGAGAGGGGCAGCUCCACUCGGUCCGUGGUGCAGCAGAGGAGCACCACCAGUGGCGGCCACGCCGAGGUGGUGCGUGCCACGACGUUCUCCCGCGAGAUGUCCAACGGCGCCAUGGCGACGAUCGAAACCUACGAGGACAGCCGUAGCGGUAUUCGGCAACUGAGUGUGGGGCGUCACAUCGGGGACCGGUCGCAUUUGAGCGAGAAGAGCCGCAACGAGUUCACGGGCGAGGAGGAGAAGACCGAGCAGCUGGUCAACAUCCCGUACGAAGAGCUCGGCGGCUUCGAGAGCGAGUGGAAGCGGCGCAUGGCCCGCAACUGAAACGGUGGCACCGAGUCAGGGACGCCCGGUGCUCGACGUCCUGUCAGACCCCUGGCCGCGACUGCGUCUGUGACCGUCUUUCGCCGGGGUCUCCGCUCGCGGUGCAGCCGCAGCUUGAGGCCCACACACACGCUGCUGCUGGCUAAGAGAAAUUGUGCCACGAAACCCCGUGUAUUUCGCGCUUGUGCG